AUGCAAAGGUCAGUCAGUCUGUCAGUCAGUCACACAGAAGUGCCCCACUCACUCUGAUGCAUGUGUCGCCUUCUGCUUGGUGAUAUGUGUCCUUGCUUGCUGCAGCUACUGUGUGCUCUUGUUCCUUAUGGCGCUGAAUGGCAUCCUGGAGGCCUUCAUGUACGCCUGUGCGACACCUCGUUGGCUGCAGCGAUGUCAGUGGGCCAAUGUCGCCAUCAGCCUGUCGUUUGUUCUAUUGGCCGUGCUGCUCAAGGACGUCGGUGCGGGCGGCCUGGGGCUCGUUUACGCCAGCUGGGCCAACAUGGCCAUGCGCAUCUUGCUGGUUCUCUUCUAUGUGGCCAUGAUGCGCCAUAGGGGCGUGCUGUCGGCGUGGCGAGGGAUGGGUGGCGCUGUCAGGGGUCCCGUAUUGCCCAAGACAGUCAAAAUGUGGGGCAUUGUAGUGCUGGCCAGGCUCGUGUGUGAGGCGGCCAUUGCGUGGGGGAUGGAGGGGGGAAUGCGGGCGGCACUGCUCCUCAGCAGUGACGCGGAAGGCGGCGCAUCUGGCACCGCCAUGGGGCUGUGGGGAGUGGCCUUGCGUGAGGCGAUGAUGGCUGCAUGUGUGAGCGGUGUUGUGUUCGUGCUCCAGCUGGUUCGUGCUGACCUAUAGGGAUGUGUACCGGUCUGUCAGGGAGGUGAAAGACAGCAUCGAGUCGGACAGGACGGCUGAAAUGAAAAAGCAAACGUGAUCACUGGCAGCCAUCAUCUUAACUCGCUUGCUGCGAGCUCGUGGGGGUGUGUGGGGGCGAGGAGACUGCGAAAGAGGUGAGUCACCGGUUCAUCCGCACUCCGACGCCACGACAGUGUAUCCCUCCAUCCAUCCAGUCAUCUCCUCCAUGUGUGUGUUUCGUCAGAUGAUGGCCGAGAGCAAGGAAGCUCGGGCGCUGCUGCCCACCGCGACUGCUGCUGGGGAGAGGGAGGGGAGGGGGGGAAGGCGGCCACGGGAGCCAGCGACCGGCGAGCGUCCGUCGCCUCGACGGCAGCUCCCCCAGGCGGCAGCUCGUCGAGCCUGCUGCUGCAGCGGACGAGGAGCCUGGCCGACAUCCCCGAGGUCUUAUGGGGGGAGACCUCGGGGGUGGACGUGGACGCCCACGACAGGGGCGACCCACUGCCUGAGUGGGCCAAGCGAGGUCAGGAAAGGGAAAGGAGGCAGAGAAGGCAAAGAGAGAGAUGAAAUAGACAUGGAUGGGUGAUUCCGUCUUUAUCAGACCUCGGGAGCUCAUUCGGCAUCGAUGACAUGCCCGAGGAGACGGCCGAGUGAUAUAUAUAUAUAUAUGAUAUGCGCGGUGAGAGAGACGGGUAUCUGUCUGCACACACGACGAGAGACACAGACUUGGAUGAUUGACGCACGCACAAAGCCGGCUUCUUUGUUUCUACCUGUUCGAUACAGACCUCGUGCGCAGCAUCGGGCCCUGGCUCGACCAAGGGCUUGAUGAGGAGGCAGGUAAGGAGAGCGACACUCACUGGGUGCGUGUGCUUAUUCAUCGCUGUGUGUAUGUGUUGACUGGCUGUGUGUAUGCUGUAUGUGCUGCAUGUAGAGCCGGCCAAGCCCCCGCCCAGAAGCACCCCCACGCCAGCCAGAGUGCUGCCCCCCCUCCGACGCACCAAGGAAGACGAAGGCAUCACCUACACGACCUAUCCCCGGGAGGUCAAGACCUGGUGGCAGCGGCUUCGGCGGGCGUUGCGGGUGGGCUGUGCGUCGUGCGGCGCAAGAAAGCCGCCCCGCUCUCGCCUCCCCACCGCAACGGUCCGCCCACAGGUCCACACAACGGACCGAUGCCCCCACCUCAUCAAGACUCCCUGGUGAUGGGCGGGGGG